GGGAGGAGGAGCGCGCCUGUGCAGUGCCGGGAGGACGGGCUCAGCCCGCCGCCGCGUUACACAACCGGCCGCUGCCGCAGCCGAGUUUCACAAGUCCCGCCGCAGCUCGUCGGCAGCCCUUACCCACCGUGCGCCCACCACCCACCGCUGCCGCACCAGAACUGUCCCCCGGCUCUGCCCACCCUCAUGCCAUGUCUCCUUUGGGCAAAGGGACCUCGGGGAGGGCGAUAACCCCUGGAGCCGUGGGGGCAAAGCGCCGGGGCUGGGCAUGGCACUGAGAGCGGCUCCGGGACACGCAUCAUUCUAGACGGAUUAUUUUUUCUCCAUCUCUAUUUACAUGGUGAUAAAAAGUGCUAAUCCCACUCCAUCAGUCUGGACUGAUGAAUCUGAGGAAUAGACCAGAACCCUGUGUUGUGUAAACGAACUGAUGGAUGAAGAUGAGAAGGACAGGGCAAAGAGGGCAUCACGCAACAAAUCCGAAAAGAAGAGGAGAGACCAGUUCAAUGUCCUCAUUAAAGAGCUCUGCACGAUGCUACAGGGCCAUGGCCACCCUCUCAAGAUGGACAAGUCCACAAUACUGCAGAGGACCAUCGACUUCUUACAGAAACAGAAAGAAAUCACAGCACAGACAGAAGCCUGUGAGAUUAGACAAGACUGGAAGCCUUCAUUUCUUAGCAACGAGGAGUUCACCCAGUUGAUGUUAGAGGCACUAGAUGGCUUUCUCAUUGCUCUUACCACUGAUGGGAUUAUUAUUUAUGUAUCUGAUAGUGUUUCAUCUCUGCUUGGACACUUACCGUCAGAUUUGGUGGACCAAAAUAUAUUAAACUUUCUGCCUGAGCGGGAGCAGAGCGAGGUGUACAAGCUCCUUUCUCCACAUGUGCUCAUGACAGAUCCUGUUGCAGCUGAUUUUCUGAACGCAGAAAAACAGAUAGAAUUCUGCUGCCAUUUAGCAAGAGGCAGCUUAGAUCCAAAUGAACCCCUGAUGUAUGAAUAUGUGAAAUUUGUAGUGGAUUUUAAGUAUUUUACUCAUGUGCCUACACCCUCCUGUAAUGGCUUUGAGUCAGCUAUUGCACGAGCUUUCAGGUCAGCCACGGAGGAGCAGAUUUGCCUUGUAGCAACUGUUCGUCUUGUCACACCGCAGUUCUUAAAGGAGCUCUGCAAUGUUGAAGAGCCAUGUGAAGAAUUUACAUCAAGGCAUAGUUUGGAAUGGAAGUUUUUAUUCUUGGACCACAGGGCUCCACCUAUUAUAGGAUAUUUACCUUUUGAGGUUCUGGGAACGUCAGGGUAUGAUUACUACCAUGCAGAUGACCUGGAGCUUCUUGCUAGGUGCCAUGAACACUUGAUGCAGUUUGGGAAAGGAAAGUCCUGUUACUAUCGGUUCCUGACCAAAGGCCAGCAGUGGAUAUGGCUGCAGACACAUUACUACAUCACCUACCACCAGUGGAAUUCCAAACCAGAGUUCAUUGUUUGCACUCACCUGGUAGUUAGUUAUGCAGAAGUUCGAGCUGAAAGGAGGCGAGAUCUGGGCCUGGAAGAGUCGUCAAUUGAACUGGCAUCCUCUUCUCUAAAGAGCCACAGCAGCUACCUGGACGUGGGGCAGUGCGGCAGCAGCCAGGACGCCAGCCGGGAGGGAGUGUCGCUUUCGUCCCACAGCUCCCGGCGCUCCUCGCACACGGCCCUCUCCGACUCUGCGUCCACCUCAUCCAUACGACACACAGACACCAGCACGCCCACCCGGCCAUCGGUGCCAGGGGGACAGGCAGAGAAGACAGCCCUGCGGCUGGCAUCAUCUGGAAGCACUCAGGCCAUAGCCACUGCUCAAGCCCCUGGUGAACAUCCCGUGGCUCAGCCGGCAGUCCCCUCUCAGCACACUGUGAUGCCAGUGUACCAUUUCCCAGCGCAGCUGGGGAUGAUGCAUCAGCUGAAAGAGCAGCUGGAGGAGAGGACUCGCAUACUGCAAGCUGACAUCAAGACACAGCAAGAAGAGCUCCAUGUCAUCAAGGAGCAGCUCCAGCUAGUGCAGGACUCCAAUCUGCAGAUGCUGAUGCAGCAGCCCAUCCCUGUCGUGUUUAACAACGUGCAGCACCCGAGUCCCAGGAGGCCACCGCAACCACCAGGGACACCCAAGCAGACCACAGCCAAGAAGUCACAACAGCAAGGCCUUAUGGGGACAAAACACUACUGCAGCACCCACCUGCCGUCACCACGCCCUUUCCUCAGGGACCCCUGCGGCACAGCCACCCAGGUACAGCAGCAACAGCAACUAAUGAGAGGAAACCAAGCCCAGCAAACCUGUCUGCCAGGGCAGAUGAGCAUUUCAGUGCCCCUCUACAACAACCCUAUGGUGUUGUCACAAACACAUCCCAUUGCAGUGGCUGCACAGAUGCCAUCUGACAGCAGCGAAAGGCAGUCUGACUACAGCCAGGACAGGAGCCUCAGGAUGCUGCUGGAUCAGUCUAUCCAAGCCAUGAUGCCCACCACCAACAGCAGCGGCCAGUCCACACAAAGCAGUGCUAGCAGGCAGCAAGGAAAAUUCGGUGCAGAGCAGCAGAUCUUGCCCGCUCCAGUACAGAUGCAGCCAGUCACCUGUAGCACUGUCCGACCUCCAGCCCCAUCGCCAGUUUUCUCCCCGUCUCUGAUGAUCCCACACACCAGCUUCACAUCCCACCAGGCAAACACCCCGGUUCAUCUCCACCAGUGGCCACAGCAACAGGUCCAGCAGCACCGUCUCUACCUUCAGAUGCAGGGUCCUGAGCCGGUGCCUGGGGGUCCAACACCACGCAUUUUCCAGCCCCCCCCGACCCCACAGCAGAACCCCCUGAGCUACUUCCUCCACCCGCAGCAGCAGAGCCGCCACACACAGGGCCAGGCCUGCAACCUGCCAGACCUGCACCCCGAGAUGCAGCUGCCCUGAACACCAGGUCCAGGAGGCAGGGACCACUGUGGCUGCAGCCGCUCGGCAUCCCGGGUGCACGCGAUGGGAGGACAACACUGUCAGAGCACAGGACGGGUGAGGUCAGGCCCCAUGGGGAAGGUGGCUGCUGGAGGGAUGGGCCCCAUCUGGAGGGGGCACCUCCUUGGUUGGGGUUUCCAUGCAGCCUCUCUGUGAAGCUGCUUCGCAGCCAUGCGUGCUGUUGCCCAGCACCGCAGUACAACUGGAAGGUGACAGCUUUCCGGCUGCAGGCAGGUUAGUUAUCAGGUCAUCACGAGGAUUGCUUUCCAAUGGAGAAGAAAAGCCCUUCUGCAUUCAGGACUUCAGUGCUGAAAGUCACUGUGAAUUUAAACUCAGCAUUUGGAGCACAUACACGGACUGUGGCGGCCCGCAGGACGCCGUUGGAUUACCAUGUACAUAACUCGUUUCAUUGUAGUAGGUCCAUUGCGGAGUUUGUUUCCUUUUUUUCUAUACCUCAGCCCCACAAGUUUUUGUGUUGUUGUUGGUUUUUUUUUUCCCCAGGAGAUUGGAUGAUGCUGCUAAUUUACAUAACACCACUUUUGCCUGAAUUUCUUACUGUUGUUAUACCAGCUCACAUCACAGCUAGAAAGACAUUUGUCACGUUUUAUUUUGGUUAACAAGUGCAGGUGAAUUUGUAUGAGUUUGUUGUUUUUUUUUAACUCCUGUAGCCAAGUAUUUUUCAGGUUAGAGAGAGACAAAGACUCCUCACUCCUCACUCCUCCUCUUUUCUUUUUGUUUUGUUUGUUUUUUGGUUGAUUUGUCUCACGUAAGGUAGUUGUGUCUGUUUCUAUACACACAAGUGAAUGAGUCGGGGAGGGGGGGGACAGCAUAUGACGGCAAACUUUGUGGUUUUGCUGGAUCAUGUUUCAAUUUGGCACGCCUGGCAGGUUAUGAUCACAGCCACACAAGCGAUGUUACAAACCCAGAGGGUCAGCAAUAAAUUGUAUUUUUGUAAAUGGUGGCUUUUUAACCAUAAGUUUCUAUUUAUGAAUUGAAAAAAAAACCCCAGUGUAUUACUCAGUGGGUGUAUAGUGAAGUGUCCCUACUGUGUGUGUCUUUCCAAAGGAAAAAGGAAAAUGUACUUAUUUUUGGGGUUUUUUUGUGGUGUUAGUAGCUGAGUGCUAACCUUGGACACUUGUUGGAGCCCAAACGUAGGAGCUGGGUUAGGCCGUGCUUUAAGCUCUGCAGGAAAAUGGUUAGUCGGGACCAGGUCUGUCUAGCUACAAAGCUCCAUCUGGCAGUCAAGGCGAGGUUUAGGGAUGGGUUAAUUCAUAACCUCUGUGGAAUCCAAGCAAAGCUCGUU